AUCUGCUCCCAGUGAGGAGGAGGCUUCACAGGAGCGUCUCUCUCCUCCUCUGGGGUCCAUCCCUGUUCUUGCCACCAGGGCUCCGCUGCGGCCACAUCCCCACCGAGCUGCUGCAACUUGGACAACACGUUUCUUCUCCUCGCGUCUUUUUCUCCAAAUCGCUCCGGUGGAAGUUGAGGUCGCUGCUGAUGCUGCGCGAGGAGGAGCUGAGAACCAGAAGAACCGACACCAGUUGAGGAAGGGAUGAGCUCUCAGCAGCAAGGCAGCAGAGGUUGACUGGUUCAACGCCACCACAGCAUCACAGGGAUGGGCCUCCUCGCCGCUCGCCGCCCUGCACUCUCCAACACCCUCUGAUCCACGUGGCCCCUGGGACAUGGGAGGCACUGGGAGUGGAUGACACCAGCACAGAGCAGUGGGUUUUAGCUUCUGGGUUGUUCCGACCACUCGCUGAGAUGAAACCACAGACGUACCAGUUGCAGAUCUGAUCCCAAAAAAGACUCUCGCACCUCGACCACUGCCACCACACGCCUCCCACCCAAACCAAUGCUACAUCGCCAAGAGCAUGGGGUGCGUCAAAUCCAAGAGGAGUGACCCCGGGGCCCGGAAUGCAAACUCCACAGAGAAGACGCUCGGCAGAUCCCGGGGCGAGGAGGCCUACCUGGUCCACUCGGAGAUGGGCGCGGCGGAGGUCAGCCCGGUGCUGCUGGAGUACGCCCAGCGGCUCAGCGAGGAGAUCGUGGCCCGGGCCGUGCAGCAGUGGGUGGAGGUGGACUGCCGCUACAGUGACAUCCCGUACAUCGAGUGUGACGUGCCAUGACAGGGGCCGGGGGGUCACGUGGAAGAGGCCGGGUUGAGCCCCAGACUGCACCGGAGGUCGAGGUCAACAGACUCACACACAUUUGUUCAGAGUGGAUCAAUCAGGCGUCUACCUGCUGCGGGGGGGAAUAUGAACGAUUUGACCUCUUUCCAGAAUUGGAUUAUACUGGGAGAGCGCUGUAAAGCCCUGGUCCUGGGCGACCACAGCACUCUGAUCCUGCCCAUGUUUGUGUGAUUAUCUGUUUCAAAGCUGGAGCCUUACAGAGCCGAGCAUCUUCAGUUGGAAUAUCGUCUUUCCUCGGACCCUAUCCCCCCCCCCCCCCCCCCCCCCCAAGCGGGCUUUGGCUCUGCCUGGCUGGACUCGUGACGCAAAGCAAGAUAUUUCCUGGAAUCAUAAUGUUCCUCUUUGCCUGUGAAAGUCUAUCCCGUCCAUUGAUGCCGCACCGGGGGGGGGGAGGCCAAAGCUGUCUCUUCUUACGGAGGAAGUUAUUAAUAGAUCCCCUCAUUGGGUGAAGGCCCUCGUUUGAAAAACCUCCACCCGUCUCUCCAGGCCCUGAACACACCCAGCUCUCCGGAUCCUUCUGGUCCCACCAAAAAGUCCCCCGCAGGCUGGAGCUCUUCCCCGUAAUGGCCUCCCUGGAGAUCCUGUGGCAGGAGCUGCAACGAGGAGCAUCCUCCUCAGCUCAGUUCAACCCCCCCCCCCCCCCCACACACACUGUCAUUAGGCAGCCUCGACCGCAGCCCCUCCCUCCACCGGGACCUUCCUCUUAACAGUGUGUACAGUUGUAUUUCCUGCACUCCGGGAUGUUCUGUGUACACAACAGAGAACUUGGACUCGGACUCGGACGCAGGAGGACCGACACUUUUAAAGAAAAGGAUUUAAACAAAGUUAAAAACAUUUAAACAAAAACAAGCAGCUCCAGGUUUUCUGCUAACAUGUUGUAAUGUGUCAACGAUGUGAUGAUGUACAAACGCCUCACCUAGACAUACUGCCCCCCGCCCUCCAGGGGGCAACAGCACAAAUAAUCUGAUCUACAUUUCGGUCCCUUGUGUUGCUGCUGUACAACAAAGGGCAUCGAGAACAACACACACCCCGAGACAGAGUAGACACAUUUGGAAAUAGUUCAUAACCACCAACGUCCUUAAUGAAUGUGAACAGGAGCCGUGUCAUCAGAGGUCGGGUCAUCACUGGACCGAGGGAUAGUGAAGGAACCGACCGAGGCCUUGGAAGACAAAUAUCUAACUGAUGUCAGUGGGAUUUACCCAUAAUUCACCUGUUUGCUGAGUCAUCGGCUCAGACCGUUGUAACAAUCAUUAUGAAGUAACUGUAAAGAUCGAGCAGAGCAGCAGGAGCCGGUGAGAAUCCUCCCACACGAGCUCAGAAGCCAUAAAACCAGUGGCAGGUAAUUGUCACCACUUGCCUUCUCUAAUAACAGCAGCAUGAAACCAGUCAGUGCUGAUGAGUGACAGUCGAACACAGAGGCUGUUUCAGUGAGGAGCAGCAUCACCGAAUAAACCAGGAGCUUUAUGUGAUUUGAAAUCCACAGUUGAACAAGCCGUGGUGUUUCAGAGGUGGUUGAUCUGAAGGUUCCUCAAUCCCAUCGCUGGUGAAAGUGAAUCAGAAUUUGCACUAAUCUGAAUCGACAGAUUCAUUUCCUGGGCUCGUCCCAAACAUGUUGUGAGAGCAGCACAGAUUAAAGAAGACACUCUUGUCCAUAUGCCAUAUUCCUAAAUCUUAAUCGGAUGCCAUUUGUUGCGUUGGAAUGAAACGACGAAGGCUGAUCUCACUGCAGCGUGGAAAGAAAAGUCUUAAUUUCAUAAUAAUACUGAUGAUUUGAACUCAUUCAUCACAAUCAGUGCUCUGACUCUGCUGAUGUCAGAUGUUACGGGUCAGAAAUGUUUCAUUUCCUGUGUGAGAAGUUUUUUUUUUACAAACUGUUGCAUCAUCUGUUUUUAUCAGUUCACUAACGUUCAGCCAUUGAGCUGAUCAGAUCUGUGUCUCCACUACAAAGAGUCUGGAUUCAGACCCCGUGUGAACCGGUCUUCAUUUGGUUGUGAAGACACUCAUUGACAUAAUGCCUUCCCUAGCCUCUUGCCCUAACCCUGAUCAUUACAACUAAAUGCCUAAACCUAAUUCUAACCCUAAGUCUUUACCCUCAAAAAGCCAAUUUAAUUUGUGAGGACCAGCCAAAAAUGUCAUCACAAUGAUGGUAUUGAACCAAACUUUGCCAUCAUAACUAUAGCCAUACACACAUCCUUAGUUCAUCUGUCAAUUAUUUUGUUGACCAGCAAUCAGGAACACACUUCUUUGUGUGUUCAGAUCUGACACCUGCAGAUUAAUGUCAGAUCUUAAUAACAAAAUAUUGCAGCCCCAGUUUAAAUGUGUCGCUUUCAAGGUUCUUUGAUCUCCAGUGGAUUCCCUGCACCUCAAGUCUUGAUGAAGUCAAGCAAGUAAACGACCUCAGUGUAAGUUUCAGACACAAGAACUAUUCAUUUGUUCAGCAUCUUGAUUCAGUUAAGAGAGUUAAAGAGAUGAAUCACCUGACCCAGUGACACACGGCCCACGACAGGAAGCAAAGAAAACACACGAGCUGACUGAAAGUGGUAAAUUAACCUGUCAGGCUGUGAAGAUCAUUAAGUGUGAGUGCGUAUUCCCUCAUUACAAUAUUCAUUUAACAUGCAAACGGUACCAAGUGUAAAAAUCUGAAGAUGCCAAUAAAACUGAUCUAUGCCUUC